UUGAUAAUGAUAUUGACAACGUCGACGACCGACAACCGACUUUAGAAAGUAAACUACUUACAUGUUUUUUGAAGUUAAAAUAGUACUCUUACUUUAAAGUUGAAAUUAUUCAAGGUGGUGCCAGAGCGUUUUACCAAAAAUAUAAACAUCAUUAUAUUAAUUAAAUAUUACCGUAUACAAAAUUUUAUUCCAUCAUUAAAAUAUCAUAACACAAUAGCUGCAAUAAGAUGGCUCCAUCAAAACCUGCUGAGUUUUUACAAGGAUUAGUAUUGACUUACUUGGAAAGGUUACACACAAGACCUAUUCGCACUAAAUCAAUUACCAGUUGUAUUAUUGCUUCACUUGGAAAUAUCACUUUGCAAAAUAUUGCAGGGGCCAAAAUGAUUGAUCAAGACAGUGUAGUUGCUUUUGGACUUUUUGGACUGUUAUUUGGCGGACCAGUACCACAUUUCUUUUACGAAUCAUUAGAAAGUACAUUUCCUGAUAAUUCUUCCAAAAUGGUGUUCUUGAAGUUUGGUAUUGAACGAUUAAUAUUUACUCCGUUUUACCAAUUUCUUUCACUUUACGUGUUGUCAAGAUUUGAGGGAAAAUCGCAUGAAGAUACAAUGAAACAGAUUUAUGCAAUAUAUUGGCCAAUAUUAAAAGCUAAUUGGCAGAUAGUUUCAUUAAUUCAGUUUUUCAAUUUGAAAUUCGUGCCUCCAAUGUUGCGAGUUUUAUUCCAUAAUAUGGUUGGAUUCUUUUGGGCUAUGUUCCUUACUUACAAAAAACGGACUGACGAUUUUAGACGAGCAAACAUGGCUAAAUAAACAAGACAAACAUCAGAUAAAUAAUACAUUCCAAAGUUUAGUUUAAAAAAAAAAAUCAUUUUGGAUUAAGUUUUAUUUUUGUUAACCAAUUGGUUAGGUCUUAUAGUUUUAUAUUAUGGUAAAUGUUAUAAUUAUACUUUUUUUUAAAUAAAAAUGCGGAAAUGCUCAAAUAUAUAAAUAAGCUUUGAUUAUCUAUAA